AUUAGGUGUAGAGUUUCAAUUAUAAGUGUAAUGUCUCAGAUCAGUUGCAGAGGGUUAAUUCUCUUCAUUUUGACCAUCCAGUUAUUGCAUAUCUCAGGCUUUGAGCUUCAAGAAUCUGGACCAACCCUUAGCCUUGUUAGGGUUAAUAGUUCCUUCCGUUUAUCCUGUAGAGCUAAUUCCUAUUAUGAGUGGUGUACGUUCUAUCAUACCGUAAGCAAAUGUGAGUUUGAGUGGAAACGUAAACCUUGGAAUGUGACAACUACAGAUUGUAAGGACUUCGGGGACAGGAUUAGUUUUCAGGGUGAUUACAACAAGUUUGAAUGUGCAAUCAAGAUUGAAACUUCAGUUCCCGAAGAUACUGGAGAAUGGAGCUGUGUUCUAGAGAAAUAUGUUAGAGGUAAAUCCAGAGGAGCAGGGGCAAAAGUUCAGGGACAAAUGGAUGUUUCUGUGCACUCCAAUCCCCUCUCCCUUGUACAAUCUGCUUGUAUCAAGACUUCUUUAGAGUCUUGUUACAAGGGAACCCAACCACCUUGUUUUUCGGAGGCUGAGCUCUUCCAGCCUCCGACCCUAGGGAUGGUUGGGAACUCAUCAACUGGAAAGAUCCAGGAUGAUCCGGAAAAGAUCGAAGCUGCAGUAAAUGCGACCUUAGAAGAGUCUAGAAUAAAAUCAACCCAGAAAGACGUUAAAACAACCGAUGUUGGUGGAAAUUCAUCCAUAGUUGAUCCAACAAUCCCCGCUAACGGAACUAUACAAUCAGGUUUAGAUUAUCAAGCUCCUCUGCCUUCUAGUGAAGCUAAUGUAACUUUAAAGACAUCAACAACGCCCUCUAGUGGGGCUAAUGCAACUUUAAAAGCAUCAACAACGCCCUCUAGUGGAGCUAAUGCAACUUUAAAAGCAUCAACACUAGUGGAGCUAAUGCAACUUUAA